GGAGCGGCGGGGGACCCGGGGGGCGUUUGCGUGGAGGGACGCUGGGUGCCGAGCUUGCUUAGUCGGCGCCGGCUGUGUGCGGUGGGCGUCGCGGCCGCCGGGGCAGAGGCGGGACUCUAACCUGAGGCCCCUUGCUGGCCUCCCGGGGCGCGCCCCAGGCCGGUGUUCGGCCCCGGAGGACGAGGAGAGAGCGUCCGGUGUGGCCUCCGAGGCCGACUUUAGGCUGCCUGGGGUAUUAUUCGGGCCUUUCGCCUGGGGCUUGGGGGGCUCUGAAGUCAAAGACGCAGGUUCCAGUCCCCUAUCUGUCGUCGACUUCCGCUUCCGGUCUGCGUGACCCUCGGGUUCAGUACUUCACUCUGGGGGCUUCGGGGGGUCACCUGGAGACACCACGCUGGCCCUAUUGUUACUAAAUUAAGAACAGAGCAAACGUACGUUUCCAGGUGCUCAGGCAUCGGUGGCCGAUGUCAUUAUGACAGAAAGAAGCCCGCGGGGCUCCCGGGUGGCACGCUUUGGCCUCCUGCCCUUUUGGAGAAAGCCAUUGAAGAGCAUUGAAGCUAAGGAGAUUCUGGCUUUCAUUAUGGCCCAGAGUCCUGAACACAUCAUUUCCAGUGUCGCAAGUUUGGCCCUUGAGGCACAAGAAAGCAAGGCCUGCCCCCGACAAUGGCGGCCACACCCGGUCUCCAUCCUCCACCGCCCCUGGAGCAAGACGACAUCCUGAUCGUGAAGGUGGAGGAGGAUUUCUGCUGGGAAGAGGAGCCCUCCCAGGAGUCGGAAGACCCCAGCCCUGAGACCUUCCGCCAGCUCUUCCGGCUCUUUUGUUACCAGGAGGUGGCCGGGCCUCGGGAGGCCCUGAGCCGCCUGUGGGAGCUCUGCUGCCGCUGGCUGCGGCCAGAGCUUCGCACCAAGGAGCAGAUCCUGGAGCUGCUGGUGCUGGAGCAGUUCUUGAUGGUGCUGCCCGGGGAGAUCCAGGCCCGGGUGCGGGAGCAGCAGCCGGAGAGUGGUGAGGAGGCCGUGGUCCUCGUGGAAGGGCUGCAGCGGGAGCCCAGGAAACAGAGGCAGCGGGAUAGACACAUCCCUCCCAGAGUUGAUCACCAUGGCCUGGAAGUGCUCCCUGAUGAUGUACGGCCCCACGGGACAGGAGAACAGUGCUUGAAACACCAAGAGGAGGCCAGGCCAGGGGACCUGUCUCUGGAGGAAGGGUCUGGAUGCUCCAGCCAGCAGCCCCCAGCCCAGCGGGGCCACAGACCAAAGAGGGGCCCCCAGCUCUGGCCAAAGAGGGGCCCAGCGGCCUCCCAGCAUCAGGAGAUGGCAACAGCAUCGGCCACGUCCUUUGUUCCAUCCUGGUCCCGGCAGGCGCCAGUGACCUUGGAGGACAUGGCAGCGUACCUGUCCCAGGAGGAGUGGCAACGCCCGGACCCGACUCCGCGGGACUGCAGCUGGGACGUGCUGCCGGAGAAGAGGGGGCUUGGGCUGCUUCCGGAGGAUGGAGAGGACUCCAGGAAGCAUGUGUCAAUGAGCAGGGAGCGGGACCGAGAGCCAGUCAGGGGCAUGACCAGGCCCGAGCAGCCUCUGGAGAGAGGAGGACCCCGAAGAGUUGAAAAGCCCUACACGUGCCCCGAGUGUGGCAAAGGCUUUAGUAAAACGUCCCACUUAACGAAGCACCAGCGCACACACACCGGGGAGCGGCCUUACAAGUGUCAGGUGUGCGGGAAGGGCUUCAGUGACCGCUCCAACUUCAGCACGCACCAGAGAGUCCACACGGGCGAGAAGCCCUACGCAUGCGCCGAGUGCGGGAAGCGCUUCAGCCAGAGCUCCAGCCUGGUCAUCCACCGCAGGACGCACACCGGGGAGCGGCCGUACGCGUGCGCCGAGUGUGGGAAGCGCUUCAGCAACAGCUCCCACUUCAGCGCGCACCGGAGGACACACGCGGGUGAGAAGCCCUUCGUGUGCUCAGCCUGCGGCAGGGGCUUCCGCCGGGGCACCGACCUCCACAAACACCAGAGGACGCACAGUGCGGAGCACCAGCCGGGCCAGCAGAGCCCCCCCACGGCGCGGCUCCAGGAGGCCCCUGGGCCAAGGUCCAGCCGCCACUCGUCGAGCUGUCCGCUUCCGAGGUCCCUUUUGGAAUAUCGAGGUCAGAGUUCAUGAAGCUGCUGGAGUUACCGUCUUGGAACUAAAACCCUAAUCUGAAGGCAUUUCACACCUACCCCACUAGCCCCUGGUGUGGGUCCAGCCCGCAGCUGUGGGACGUUUCAGGUGCCCACGCUGAGGGAAGAAUCUGGGCACUGGGUUUGGCAGUGGCGGCUAGACGUGGAGCAGGUGGCCCUGGGUCGCGCAGCCUGGGUGGCUCACCACAGGGAUGAUUCUCAGUUCAGGAGGCCAGAGUCCGAACUCAAGAUGUGGGCCGGGCUGCUUCCCUCUGGAGGCCCUGAUAGGAGAGACCAUCCCAUGCCUCCCUCCUGGCUUCGGGUGUUGCCCGUGUUCCUGGUUUGUGGCCGCAUCACCCCCAUCUCUGCCUCUUCUCUGCUCUGGUGUCCUCAUCGCUUAUAAGGGCACCGUCGUUCAGUUUAGGGCCCCCAGUCCAGAAUGACCUCAUCUUAAUUACAGCUGCAAAGAGCCUAUUUCCAAACAAGGGCCUAUUCUGAGAUUGUGGGUGGACAUGAAGCUGGGGACACUUGUCCGCCCAUUUCACAGAAGCCUCCAGGGCUCCGCUUCUAUCUGCAGCUCCACACCCCAGGCUUCCCUGGCCUCCCACCUUCCCCUCCAGCCUUGCCACACUUUCAGUAUAUAGGCUGCAGGGGCUGUUUCCGUACCCCUGUGGGGGCAGUGGGGUGAGCGGGGUCACCGUGGAUCCACGGCUCUUCUGAAGGGUGGAUGCCUGGUGUGGGAAUGCUUCCCUGAUACCACAUCUUCCAACCUCCCCCAGCCCAUGAGGCAGCCUGUGGAUUCGACUGGCCUUGCCAUCUGCCCCGGGCAGGAGGCCAGGCUUGCCUUUGUUCCAGCCUCAAGUGGCCAGGACAGAGGCAGCAUUGGCUGCCCCACUUUGUUGCGGACAGGCCUCUGACCUGUUCACAUCCACUCUCUCCGGGGAAGCUGAGGGGAGCCGUGUAGAAUCCUUGUUCCAUUUCAUCAUUACUGGAGUCUUGGGGCAGCUGCUGAAACCACUCGGUUUUAGUAUUCCGUGCAGGGAGUGUGGCAGUUUCCCAUGGUGGGCUGGCCUGGGACCUUGUGCUGUGCUCCGUUCUGUUUGUCACCCAAUUACUGUAGAUAUUUUCUACCUUCCUGCAUAACCCAGGUUCCAGGAUACGUGAUCUGUUCUCGGUUCCCUUAAUAAACUAAGUCAGUCCUCCU